AUGUGGCCGUCAUUUGACCAGCUCCCGGACGAGAUCAUCGCCCACAUACUCAGCUACUUGGCGCCUGAGGAAACAUUGACCACCGUACCCCGACUCUCUAAACGGUUCCACCGGAUUGCCGACACCCAAUUGCUAUGGAAGCUGUACUGCGAAACUAGCUUUCGGUACUGGCACCCGGAGCACGACAUUGCCCAGAAGCUGCGAAAUAGGGCCUCGGACGUCGAUUGGAAGGGCCUCUUCGCCCUCCGUCUGCAGCGCAAUCGGCGCAUCGCCCGCCUUCUCGAUGGCAUUGUUGCUUCGCGCGUCUCUCGCCUGGAAAAGACCGAGGAGAUUUGUCAACACGGCUAUGAUGCAAAGGAUUUCCUGUUGAGCCAAUGCAAGAUUGCCGAUACCGCCGACGACGUACUGGCCCGCCGCUUCUACUCGUGUAACGUCCUCGACAGUAUCCACCGAAGCAUUGCUGUUGGAGAAUGGGCCAAAUACCAAAAACAUGCAGCUCGAUUAGACGGAGACAACCUCUCGCCAACAGACCGCCUGCGAUGUGGAAUGCAGCUCGAGCGCGCACUCGGCGCCUUUGACAUGUUUGUGCUACACGACAAUGAAGGCGAUAUGGACGAGAUCUCCGAUAUGCUCGACAACUUGAUCAGCCAGUUCCGCGCCGCGCACUACGAUGUCAAUGGCAUGACCACUCGCGGAAAAGCACUUGCAUUAGCUGCCUGGCUUCACGUUAACAACAUCACCGGAAUGGAGAACGAAUCCGAAACCUUUCGCUACCUGCGCAACUGCCUCAUUGGCCGAGCAUUAAAGGACGACCAGCACCCUUCGCUGCCCAUCAUAUCGGCUGCCAUCUUCUCUGCACUUGCUGAGAGGAUUGGCGUAGAGGCUUAUUGCUGUGCCCUCCCUAGCCAUGUCCACGCCGUGGUACUUGCGCCAGAAGGCUUCUCCCUGGACGGCCAGCCGUUGGAGGAGGGCGAGGAGGACCGCCAGAAGAUGUUUCUCGACCCGUAUUGCUCGGCUGCCGAGGUUCCGAUGGAGCAGCUUCAUGCGUACCUGUAUCGUCUUGGCGCUCACCUAGGACGAGACACUAUGCUGGUUCCCAAUGCCACCGACCUCAUUGUUAUGCGUACGGCUCAAAACAUUCGUGCUUCUUUUACAAGUUUCCGGACGAUAGAGCGUCCCGUGGCUGAGCUAAUACCUUUGAUCGAGUUGCGCCGCGGAGACUGGGCCCGCAAUCUCCAGCCGGCACUCUACAGUAUGAUAUGGGCAAGCAUCAUGAUGGUCCCCGUGCUGCCCGACAACGAAGAUGUGCGCUGGGACUGGCAGCAGGAUGUGAGAGACCUCAUCAACUACUUUUACGAAUACUUUCCAGAAGAUGCUUGGCUUGUCGAGAAAUAUGUUUGCCCCAUGUACGAUACCUUUUCUGCACCUGGUCGACGUCAAAACGCAUGGGAACUGCCGUCUAGGCGAGUAAGGGACCAGAUCAGAAAGAUCCGUCAGGUUGACUCGUCUGAACGGGCACCUCGCAGGCGCAGCGAUCUCAUGACACCCAUACCCGUCAAGUACCGCGUGGGCCAGGUCUUCAAGCACAAGCGGUACGACUAUCAUGGUAUCAUCCUCGGAUGGUCAGUCGACGGCGUCAGUGAGUCCAUGGGCUGGGAUGGGGACAACUUGGGCUGGACGAGUAACAGGACCGCCCAAGCUUUCUACAGAUGCAUGGUGGGAACCGAUGGAUCAGACCACCAUGUCAUUGCAGAAGACAACAUGGAGAUGCUUGACUUGAGUGAUGGCAAGAGACUGCCGCGCGAAAUUCAAGAUCUAAUUCCAAUGGCUGGCAAAUUCUUCAAGCGUUACGACGAUGUCCAGGGGGCUUUUGUCAGUAACAUGCGGGAACUUUUCCCUGAAGAUUGA